GGUUCUUGGCAGGGAUGGCGUCACAGAAGAGAGCGCCCGAUCCCAUUGCUGCCAAGGCUUCGGCGCCAUCGCGGCGCUACGGCGCUUGCAAGCGCAAUCACGCGCUGGGCAAUGGCGGCUACUUGCUGGAUGGCUGCCAGGAAUUCGACACCGAUUCCGAGACGAGCAAAAUCUGCUCGGCCUGUGGCUGCCAUCGCAGUUUCCACACCAAGAUUGGGGACAAUCCAGGCAGCACGGGCGCAGGAUUUUCAGAGGGAUUACUGGAUCCACCAGCGUCACCAGGAGAUAGCAGGGAAAAUGGAGGAGCAGCGGCCGACACUAGAAACUCCAGCACUAGUUCCAAGGGGCGGAAGCCAUGCCGCUCCAAGCAGCUCCGGGCAAAGGCCUGCCAGAUCUGGACGGACUACUUGCGGCCUCUCUCCGCGACCCAGGGCCUCCACGGGCGCUUCUGUGACACGAAAGAAACUUUGAGCGAGCAAACAAAAGAGCUGUGUUGCAGAGAUGCAGCGAGGCGGACAUCCACUGUGUAUCUCCAAGUGUAGCCAGCUAAAGUGGCCUCCCCACGUCCCCUUUGCUCAUCCCAAGGACAUGGCCAGCCGCGAGCUCCAAGCUUUCAUCAACGCAUACGAGGGCGAUUGGCAAGAGCACUGCCUCAGGAACCACGGCUUCUCGUCGGCCUGCGCACUUCUCCCUCGUCUAAAGAAAGGCAAGCUUUAGCUAGCAUAGGAGAAAAAAUGGGUGGAUUGACAAGCUUCUCUCUUUACAGACUUGGAUCCAUGCAAAGUCUCGACCAAAGAACUCCGGCACUGGCUCAAGGAGAAAGGAAAGCCGGUCUUUUGCGUCCAUCCUAAAGCCGCGAAUCAGUUCGUCAACAUGGGGAAGCUGGCCACUAUGAUCCUCCGAACUGGUGGAAAAUGCAAGGUGCGUCUUAGAAAACAAGCUCUUUCUUGCACUGAAACUUGACGGGACUUCUCUGCCUUGGGACAGUUUGAGGCCGCGAACGGGUGGGACACGUUUGUGUCUGGCCAGGAGGGGAUGAACAAACCGGCACUGCCCGCGGGCGAGAGAAGGAAGUGUAUACGUACCAUCAAGAGGCUCUACAACAGAUUUAUGAUGGAGUUCGUCCAGGAAACGCUCAAAGAGAUGGGGCUCGAGGACGACGGCGACUCGGCAGCGGCAGAAGUGUCCGACGGGGGCGGCAACGACGAGGACGACGAUGCCGACGCCGACGCGAGCGAGGCCUUGAAUCCCACGCCUCUGUGAGAUCCCCGGUUUGAUUGAUCA